GCCGCGGCUCGGCUUUCUAACCCAACCCCCGUCCCCCGUCUGCCCCCGCAGGUUUGGGCCCCGAUCAUGAAGAUCCCGCUGCUGGUCUCCACGGGAAUCCUGCUGGUCGCCCUCCUGCCCUGCCAGGAGUGCAGAGCUCUCAGCAAGAGCCCGGCACCUGCCCCCGGGGCUCUGCACCAGCCAGAUUUCUUUCAGCAGCAGCAGCAGCAACAGCAGCAGCAGCAGCAGCAGCAGCAAACUCUGCCCGUCCUGCUCCGCAUGGGAGAAGAGUAUUUCCUGCGCCUGGGCAACCUUCACAAGAGACCCGUGGGCUCUUUCUCCGCCUCCUCCAGCAGCACCAGCCACCUACAGCCCGAAGCCUCCGCCAGCAACUUUUUCCGGGCGGCGGUUCAACAGCUGCAGCAGCUGCCCGAGCGCUCGCCGGGGAACCGAGAGGACGGCGAAGCCGAGGGUGAGGCCGUGGAGAGGGAGAAGCGAUCCGAGGAGCCCCCUAUUUCUCUGGAUCUGACUUUCCACCUCCUGCGAGAAGUCUUGGAGAUGGCCCGAGCCGAGCAGUUGGCGCAGCAAGCUCACAGCAACAGGAAACUGAUGGAGAUAAUCGGGAAGUGAAACGGCCCCUCCCCGCCUUGCCAAAGAGAUUCCGCAGUUAGCACAAGAAUAAUUACACCGUCCGAUGUACCAUAGUGCUGCUCUGAUGUCAUCUCUUUAUUUUUAUAUAGCUUUAAACCUAGAAGGGUGUACUCCGAACAGCCUCCGUCCCUUGACUAGCAUGCACAACCGUGUACCAAGUGCAGAAACACGAGUGUCGUUCGUAACCUCCCCUACCUUUAUUUAUUUCUCCAUUUCCCAGUUAUUCUAGUGCCAUCGCUACGUAGGGAUGUGUGAGCAUUGGAAGAAAUGGUGCCAAGAAGACAGAAAACUUUUCUGCUGGGGGCAGGGAGGUGGGAGGGGGAAUCUCUGUAAGCUACUUUCAAUCCACUUUUUUUUUUUCCUGUAAACAUUUUCACAAUAAAACAUCUUUUCAGCGCUCGGUCGAUUUGGUUGUGUAAGAGAAUGUUUAAUAUUUAUAUUUUUAAUAAAAGCUGCAAAGUAAA